AUGUUCUCUCUCUUUUGGUUCCGUUUGGAGGAAGCUGUUAAGCUUUACCUGCUGGGCUUCAAAGUUCUUGUGGUUCAGCUGUUCAGCAAACGUUUCAAGUUGCCAGCGAUGCCCAGACAAGAUGGCAAGGUUGUCAUAGUGACGGGAGGAGGCAAGGGAAUUGGCUAUGAGGUUGUCCGACACAUGGCUAAACUGGGGGCACAUGUUAUCAUAGGUUGUAGGGAUGAACGCCAGGGUGUGGAAGCCAUCAGAAAGAUUCAGGAAGAGUACAACGAGGCUAAAGUGGAGUUCAGGAAACUGGACCUAGCGUCUCUGCAGUCUAUCCAUCAGUUUGUCCACAACUUCAAGGAGCGUGACUUACCGCUCAAUAUUUUGGUCAAUAAUGCAGGUGUCAUGCUAGUUCCUGAAGGUUGUACCGAGAACGGAUUUGAACUGCACUUUGGUGUGAACUAUCUGGGCCACUUCUUGCUAACCUGGCUGCUCUUGGACACAUUGAAGCUCAGCGGCAAAUCUGGGAAUUUCUCUCGCGUGGUCAACGUCUCCUCCUCUGCGCAUCGAAACGGCCAGAUCCGACCAAAUGAUUUGAAUAGCCGACAAUGCUAUUCAGCCCACGGAGCGUAUUGUCACAGCAAGCUGGCGCAGCUCUUGUUUAGCUCCCGCCUCCACCAGGAGCUGGAGCAGGGUGGUUUUCCAGUGAGUUCGUGCGCUGUGGAUCCUGGCAUGGUGGACACUUCUCUCUACCGGCACCUGUGGACACCCCUACGCCUGGCACAUCGUAUUGUGUCCCUCUUGCUCUUCAAGACCCCUACGGAGGGGGCUGCCACAGUCUUGUUCGCUGCUCUGUCACCGGCACUGGAGGGUGAGUGUGGAGGAGGCUACUGGGCCAAUGGAGGCAGAGACGUGACGACACCAUUGACAUUUGACCCCCUAAUUCAGCAGCAAUUGUGGGAAACCAGCCACAGGUUUCUGGUACCACAGUAA